CGGCUGCCCGUAGCCUCCUGUGUGGCCUAGUGGACAGGGGGUGGCAGAGGGAGCUUGCGCACGACUGUUGGACUAUUUUGCAAGCAGGAUACGGCACGAGUCAUGUUUGGAUAGCUCAGAUGGUAGAGCACUUGCCUGCGAAAGGCAAAGGUCCAGAGUUUGAGUCUCAGUCCAGAACACAGUUUUAAUGUGCCUCGAAGUUGUGUGUCUCUUUCAUUAGGAAGUGUUCACUUGUUCUCCGCAGUAGUUCCAAAGCAUCACCUGUUGAAUUUUGUUGCAUAAGUUUGGCCUUCUUGCGCAGUGGAUUUUGAGAUGGCUCCGAAUGAGUACUCUAAGUACUGGUUCCAAAUACUGAAGCACAAUGGAAGGAUUGCUCGAGAAUCUGAGGUUCACUGGAACUUUCCUCGUUGCAUAGGGUCUUUAGAUGGAAAAUAUGCAAUUGUUAAUCCUGCUCAUGCUGGAAGCACUUACUACAACUAUAAAGACACUUGCAGCAUAAUGUUAAUGGCAUUAGUGGGUGCUGAUUACCAGGUUCUUCAUGCAGAUAGAGGAGUGCAGGGACAUAUUUCAGAUGGAGGUGUAUUUGACAGUACAACCUUUAACAAAGCUCUUCAGGCAGGUGAGCUGCACAUACCAUGACCGGAAUCUCUGCCUGUAAGAGCAGUGUCCACUUCCUUAGUAAUUGUUGCUGAUGCUUUUGCACUACAAGAUCAUGUCAUGAAACCCUUUCCAGGAAAUCUUAACACAGGCAGGAGAGGAAGAUUUUUUAACUACAAAUUUUUAGGCUGACAAGUUGUUGAAAAUGCAUUUAGAAAACUAUCCUCUGUUUUUAUGUUUUAGA